AUGAUGCAAACGGAGCAUCUUCCCCACACACACUCUUCUCCCAGCUUCAGCAGCUACUCAUCUUCUGAGACCUUCGCUCAAAUUGCCGCCAGAGUCAUCCAAGAACUUCAACAAGACCCUCUCUACGCCAACGACCUCCUUUUUCCCUCCUCAUGGCCCCAAAACGACUUCCAACAUGACCAAAACGACAACGACGACGAUGACAACAACCAAGACGACGACGAAUUCGAAUUCUCCCUCGUUUCCAGAGAUAUUGCCUCCUCCCCCGUCUCCGCCGACGACAUUUUCCACAACGGCCACAUCACUCCAAGCUACCUACUCUUCGGCCGACACGUCCUCCUCAACGGCGUCUUCUCGGAUUCUCCGCUUCGCGCCAGUGAAACGACUCCGGCACCGGCACCGGCACGGCGACGUUUGCCUCUGAGGGCUCUGAUGUUGGAGGAGCACGAAAACAACAGCAAAAACGAACUGGAAGGUGUGGCGGAGGGAAGCUACUGUGUGUGGACCCCACAGAGCUGCAAGAAGAGCAGCUCUGCCGGUUCUAGUUCUUCGAGGAGAUGGAAGCUUCGAGAUUUGUUACUCAGAAGCCAUAGCGAUGGCAAGGAACCGAUUCUGUUUAUUAAUAACAGCAAGGCCGUGCUACCAAAUCAAAAUGGCUCGGCCGCCGUGAAGGAUGGUGGAGAGAGGUCUAAGAGGAGGUUGUUCUUGCCUUACCGCCAAGAGAUUCUGGGGCUUUUUGGGAAUAAUAAUAAUAAUAAUAGUGGAGUUGGUAGAGACUCGCAACCUUCUUCAAAUCCCAACUAG